UCAAGUAAUUGAACAGAAAUCUCAAGUAACUUGCAAGCAUGUUCUUGCUGCUAGAGUAGCAAUACUUUUGGGAAAGACCGUGGAUCACAAAGUAACUCACGACCAGUAUUUAAUGUUAUUACAUUCCAUGUUUGAAAUAGAAGAACAUAAUGGAUGAUGGCACAUCGCAAUAUUAUUUCACCGCAUCAAUGGAUUCCGGCAAGACAUUGUGCAGUUUGUUAAAGGCUAUUCAGUUUCAGGAGUCUGCAGUCUUCUGUGCUAUGCAGGAGGGACUUAAGUUAACUGUGGAGGAAGGAAAGUGUGUUCAGGCCUCAGCAUAUGUACCAGCUGACAACUUCACUGAAUACCAUGUGCGGGAUGAUGUGGAUGUUGUAUUUAAGAUUAGUAUAGCAGUGUUGACAGAAUGUUUGAACAUAUUUGGGUCAGGAGAAGAGUCAAGUUUAAAAAUGUAUUACAGAUGUGAUGAAUCUCCUUUGCUGCUAGUUUUACAACCUCAGUCUCUCAAUAAUGUUAUGACUGACUGUGAGAUUGCAACUCAAACGGCGGAUUCUGUUCUUGAACUUCGUGAUGAAAAUGCUGAGGAAGUAGCCAAAUUAGUACUAAAGGCACCAGCUUUCCUCAGCCUUCUGGCGGAUUUGGAGAGGUCCUGUGAUAUCAUUGAAUUGAAUCUCACACCUGAACAUCCAAAUGUUAGCAUUGUUACUUAUGGCAUGCAGGACCGUUCCUGUAUCGACAUGCCCAAGUCAUCGGACAUGGUGCAGAGCUUCACGUGCGAUCAUGCUGUUACCUUGAAGUAUCAGCUCCACCAUAUACGGCUCAUCAUGAAAGCCCUUGCUGUUUCUACCAAGGUUGUAGUGCGGUGUAGUUCGAAUGGUUUGCUUCUAUUGCAACUGAAGUUAGAAAAAGAAGAUCAAAGGCAGAUGUUCUCGGAAUUCUAUAUUGUGCCUUUACUUGACGAUUGAUAAUUCUGUGAUGAGUGUUGUGUAGUCUUAAGCAGAUUUUAUAACCAAAAGUAUAACAUUUGUUGGAUUUUUAAAAUGUCGCUACGAACGUCAUUGUUUUUAAAAAUUAUUUAACUUUAAUACUACAGUUCAUAUUGUCUUUGGUUCAUAUUGGUAUAGUACCUAAUAAUAAGCAAUCAAUAGAUUGCCUAGGCGAUAGGCUCACAUUUUAAGCAUUUGAAACGCAAUGACAGUUCCGAAUAAAUAAAUAAACAUGUUUGUG